AUAGAUCACCCCCAUGUAACUGAGCAAUGGUUUGUCCCAAAACCAUGUGACUUGCAUCACGUGAUUGCAUUGCCUUCAGUGGCAGACAUUUUGAAAAGAAACUGAUGUCAGCAGCAGAGAAACAGCGAAGAUACAGGGCUCGGCGGGAUGCUGAUCCCUCAAGAAGGGCACAAUAUUUAGAAAAGCAGAGAGAGGCAUGGUACAGACUUAUAAGACUAGGAAAUGUGAAACCAAUCGCAGAGUUGAGUGAGAGCGAGAAACAAAGCAAAAGAGACAAAUGGAGAAAAGCACAACAGAGAAGAAGACAAAGAAAGCGAAUGCUAGAAAACAUAAUUACUCCAGCAGACCGCCCUGAAUUUGACCAGCCACCUGAAGAAACAAGGAGUCGAAUGGCCUCUGUUGUUACAGUGAAGACAGAGAAGCGUCCUUCCCCUGACUCUGAGGAUGGCGACACAGUGGCUAAGAAGGCCAGAAAGUUGCUGCCCAGCCUGAAGACCAAGCGUGCCCCUGAGCUGGUGCUGGUGAUCGGCACGGGGGUGAGUUCAGCUGUAGCUCCUCAGGUGCCCGCGCUGCGCUCCUGGAAAGGUCUGAUCCAGGCGCUGCUAGAUGCUGCCAAUGACUUUGAUCUGCUUGAGGAGGAGGAGAGCCGCCGCUUCCAGAAAAGUCUGCAAGAGGACAAGAACCUGGUGCACGUUGCCCAUGACCUUAUUCAGAAACUUUCACCGCGGACGGGAAAUGUACGCUCCACCUUUUUUAAAGACUGCCUCUAUGAGGUGUUUGAUGACCUGGAGUGUAAGAUGGAGAACGCUGGGAAGCAUCUCCUCCGCUCUGUGCUGCAGUUGAUGGAGAGCGGUGCCCUGGUCCUCACCACCAACUUUGACAACCUGUUAGAGAUCUACGCUGCCCACCAAGGGACCAAGCUGGAGUCUUUGGAUCUCACAGAUGAGAAGAAGGUUCUGGAGUGGGCUCAGGAGAAGAGAAGACUAAGUGUGCUCCAUAUUCACGGUGUUUACACCAACCCCAGCGGUAUUGUACUGCAUCCGGCUGGCUACCAGAAUGUUCUGAGGAACACAGAAGUCAUGAGGGAGAUCCAGAAACUCUACGAAACCAAGUCUUUUGUGUUCCUGGGCUGCGGGAGGACGGUGGACGACACCACUUUCCAGGCACUGUUUCUCGAGGCGGUCAAACACAAGUCCGACCUUGAGCAUUUCAUGCUGGUGCGGCGAGAGGACGUGGGCGAAUUCAAAAAGCUUCGAGAUAACAUGCUGGACAAGGGCAUUAAGGUCAUCUCGUACGGCAACGAAUACUCCGACCUGCCAGAGUACUUCGAGCGGCUGGCCAAUGAGAUUUGCAACCGGGAUGUGGACCGGGACGUAGUGACCAAUGGUUGGGGAUCUCCCAUCUCACAAGGCGAAGAAAGUCAAAAUGGUUUUACGACCCAGAAAAACCUCCUGCAAGAAGGAUAGAAACAUAGACCUGAACACGGCACAAGGGCUUCUGUUGUUGUUUUAAACUCGCUACACCUUUCCACUGUACUCUUCUGCACCUGACCCCGUGUGCGCUGUGGCUUCCUGUGAUCAAAUCAGCUGAUGCUUGCUGUUGUAAUGAGAUCUUCAUUGUAGCUCUUCCUGUUUCUCUGCCCAGACUACCACUCGUGACACAAGUGGCAGUCUGAGAACAUUCCCACAGCUCCGCUGCACAGUUCCGCACCCCCUUCCGCUCGGGUCUGGUAUGACUAGAUCUUCACGCACAACAGACUCUUUUCUCAUACUUAAACCGAGCGCCGUCAGUACCGGUUCGCUUCACACAGGAAAGGCGUCUGUAAAAACACCAACAAGCAAACUGUGAACUCCUGCAACUCAGAAAAUGUUUAUGAAACUCUUCAUGUGAGUGAAGGAGAAAUUUGUGGAUUUUUUUUUUUAUGUGGUAAGUGACGUGUGGACAAAGAAUGAUGUUCAGGGCCAGUCUGAUCUUAAACAUGUAGUAGUUUCUCACUUCCCAUUUUUCACAUCAGUAAAUGCACCAGCAAAAUAUAAAUAGUGUGUGAACCUUACAAAAUAAUUGUCCUGGUCAUGUUUCACCCCAAAAUAAAAGGGAAAAAAGAAGAUGCAUUUUGAAUAAAGACCAUUAACGUGGUUAAACUCACAUGUCAUACCCAUGUCAUUAUACAAAUUUGUGUCCUGAUAUGCCACAAAAAUUCACCAACACACACAUAAAGUGCAAUAUAGUUUUUUUUAAUUUUUUUAUGAAUUCUCAUGUUCUUUCAUUUUUAUCAGAAAUGCAGUAUACAGUGAAAUUUAACAUGUUUUCAAUUGUAAUAUUUUAAAAUGUAAUUUAUUCCUAUGAUGGCAAAGCUGAAUUUUCAGCACGCCACUCUUCAGCGUCACAUGAUCCUUUAAUUCAGCAAGGAUUCAUUAUAUAGAUCAAAAGUGACAGUAAAGACAUUUAUGUUACAAAAGUUUUCUAUUUCAAAUAAAUGCUGUGUGUAAACUUUGUAUUUAUCAAAGUAUCAUGAAAAAAGUAUAUUUUUCACAAAAAUAUUCAGCACUGUUUUAAACAUUGAUAAUAAUAAUAAUAAUAACCAUUAUUAAUAAUUACCAAUAAUUGAGUAUAUUAUAACAAUUUAUGAAGGAUCAUGUGAUGCAGAAGACUGGAUUAAUGAUGCUGAAAAUUCAGCUUUGAUCACAGAAAUAAAUUAAAAUUUAACAUAUAUUCAAAUAGAAAACAUUUAUUUUAAAUAGUAACAAUAUUUCACAAUAUUACAGUUUUACUGUGUUUUUCAUCAAAUAAAUGUAGCCUUAAUAUAAAGUAUAAUCUUUCUAAAACAUUACAAAAAUCUUAAUUCUGAACUUUUGACCUGUAGUGUGUGUACGUGUAAACACACAUAUUUUUUCUUUUAAUUGGUUGAAAUAUGACUCAGGGCAUUUUUUUAUUACUAAAUCUGUCCUAUAAGAAGGAGGAAAUUCAGAAAACGCCUUGUUAGGGUGACUGGGGUGUGAAUCAAAAUGCUUGUGAUUUCUCAGGCUUUUACUUAGAAGCAUUUCAGCUUCCAUGAAUCUACUUGAACUUGUCAUGAGACUGAGGAUAAUGAUACAAUGCCAUCAUUCCUCUCAAGCCACACAACUUUCAAUACAUUUUAUUGCACUUGGGCAGAUAGUUCCCAUUUAUAGUCUUAAAUGCUUGGCCAGUAACAGCCGUUUAUAAACCUUUUGUAUUUUAACUCCAGUGGUCCACUGUUGAAACAUCUCUGUCCACAAAUGUCUUUUAGGUAUUUAUAUGCUAUUUUAAAAUAAAACAUCUGUUUGGUACCAAA